AUGUCAGAUCAUAAAGCUAUAUUAGAAGAGGAAUUCGAGGUACUGGAAUCCAUCUUUCCAGAUGAACUAGAAAAAUUAUCAGAUAAUUCAGUCCAGAUCCGUAUAGAACCUGAAGAGCAAUCAUUCACCUAUCCCAUCACAUUGAAUUUAAUUAUAGAUUAUCCAGAAACGUAUCCUGAUGUAAUACCGAAUUUGAGUAUAGAAGAAAUUGAAGAUGAAGGUGAAUUGAGAGAUGGUGAAGAAGAGACUAUAUUAGAAAAUUUGAAUAUUAUCGCAGAGGAAUCGAUAGGUAUGGCAAUGACAUUCACAAUCGCUUCAGCUGCAAAGGAAGCUUUGGCAGUUCUGAUAGUUGAAAGGAUAAGAAAAGAGAGAGAAGAAGAUGACAGGCGUACGAGGGAGUAUGAAGAGGCCGAAGCCGCUCGAACGAGGGGAACACCGUUGACGAUCGACGCCUUCAAUACGUGGCGCAAAUCAUUCACGGCAGAGCUCAGAGUGAAGAGGGAGAAGGAAGAAGAAGAUCGAAUAAAAGCUUUACCUCCUAAAGAGAGGGAAGACUGGAAAAAGAGGAAAGAGAGACCAACCGGACGUCAACUGUUCGAAUCAUCCACUGCAUUGGCCACGUCGGACGAAGGAUUAUAUGAAGAUGGAGUGGAAGAAGUUGAUAUGCGAAAGUACACAAGAGAAGAAAGAGAAGCUGAGAGACGUAAAGAGGAGGAAGAAGAGGAAAGGAGAAGACAAGGUCUGGUUAGAGGUGAUGGCGAUAGUGACAAUGAGUAG